UUAUUUCUUCCACACACCACAGUUGCUUACAAUAUAUACACGUACUUUGACUUUUUCCGUGUUCGCGUAUUCCGUAUCUAUCGUUGCGAGAUACGAAUAUCUUUACGUUAUUUGAUUUGAUUUUAAAUUUUUAUAUUUCUAGAAUAUUAUCAUUUUCUAGAGCACAAAUCAAUUAACACGUGAAACUCCAAUAUUAUUACACUAUUACAGAUUUGUACCAGAUACCAUCUUGCAAUUUAUUAUAACGUCAACUGAAGGAUCAAGACAAAAUAAAUAUCGGAUUUUGUCAAUAACCAACGAAUAACUUCGUAUACGUCGUAAUCUAUUUGAAUUAUUCACAAUGGCUGACGACACUACCGACCUUCCGCCCAAUUUACUCAAUAUACUCAAAACAGCGUCAGAAGAAAUACUGAAUACACAGGACGGAUACUGUUUUACGGUGGAUAACACACCCAAAGAAGACUUUAACGAUAUGUUUUCUUAUAAUUCAGAUGAGCUGGCUGAGUUUAUUAACUUCGAUAUGAUUGGAGAGGAAGGUGACAAUCUUGAGUCUUUUAACCACCUCAUUACUAAUACAAACUAUGAAGAUGUUACUGGCGAUCGCAAGGUGUUAAAAAUAUUACUGGAACAAGGAGUCGGUCAAGUUGUACCAGAAAACUAUGUAGUUUUUGUACAUUACAUUGCUUAUUUAUCAAACAUUCAAGAACCAUUUGAUGUAACAUAUGUUCAAGGAAGACGACCUAAACGUUUUACAUUGGGUAAUGGUGAACUUAUACCAGGAUUAGAAAUAGGUAUUAAAACAAUGACUAUGGGUGAACUCUCAAGGUUUAUAAUAAAGCCAGAAUUGGCUUACAGAGAAUUAGGAUGCCCACCUCGCAUACCACCAAACGCAACUAUUCUAUUUGAUAUCCAUCUUGUUUCCUAUUUAUCACCUGAAAAUGUCUUAACCUUUGAUAGGGAUAACCGCGAUCCUAACUUAUUUAAUAAAAAUCUUGUACAAGUUAAAAAAUUGCAUCUUGAAGCUAAUGAACAAUUUAAACUUAGAAAUGUAGAUAAAGCUAUAUUUAAAUAUAACCGGGCACUGGAACUACUGCAUAUAGCUGGAUGCAAAAAUAACAAUGAAGAAAUAGAAAUGAUGAAAUAUUUGAAUAAGCUUUAUACUAAUUUAAGCUUGUGCUAUUUAAAGCAAUGUGCUUUUCAUAAAGUUUGUCGUAUGGGUAUAGAAGCAAUGAAAUAUUCAGAAAGAUUUUCCAAGCACUCUGUAAAAUUAUUUUUCAACUGGGGAAAAGCAUUACGCUUACUUAAAGAUUUUACAGAAGCAAAUAAAAAGAUUCAAAUUGCAUUGAAACUUGAACCUCAAAAUGAAACGAUACAUAGUGAAAUUCAUAAAUUAAAAAAAGAUAAAGAAUUUCAUCGUAACAUUGAAAUAAUGACAUUUAAAGAUGACGACAAUGCUGAUGACAAUGAAAGGUUGGCUCCUAAAUUUUGGGAAGUAUUCGAUACACAUUUAAUCGAGUUUUAUAAUGAUGAUGAAGAUGUAUUAACAGUUAUGUUGAACAAAAACCCAGAUGAUAUAGAGGUAGUCAAAAAUAAGGCAAGUGCUUAUGAUCUCCAAGUUCACAUUAUUACAAAAGCUGGUGUUCCAACAAAUUGUAUCGCAAUUCAAAAAUAACUAAUUGUUAAGGUUAAAUUUAAUUUCUAGAUUAACAAUUGUUCAAGUUUCAUAUUAUUUCUAUUUAAAAUGUUGAAUUUGUACAAUAAUUAAUUAAUAAAUGAUAAUUAAUAAUUAA